UGCAAUGCUGCAAAUCCUCUCUCAAUGCUCUAAUGGCUACUCUUUGUCACUUGUCAAGCUUCUCCGCUUGCAUUCCUCUUAAGCACUACGCUUUUCAUCGUCCUCUCUCGCUCCAGCUACACGAACCACUUCUUGAACUGCAAACCCGUCGACGCCCAUCUUCUUGCGCGAGCAAAUCACUCGUCUCUGCUUCUUCUGGCAAGAAACCGAGGGCAAGAAAGAAGGUGAAGAGUAAUGCAGAACUCUGCAACGAUAUUCGGGAGUUCAUUUCCAUGGUUGGACUUCCCCAAGGUCACGUGCCGUCCUUUAAGGAGCUUUCGCAGCAUGGAAGGCAAGACCUUGCAAACAUUUUCAGACGGAGAGGAUAUAAGCUAAUUAAAGAACUUCUCAUGGACUCAUCAAAUGUAGAAUCCAAUAUGGAGAUUAGUUCAUAUGAAAAUCGGAAUGAUACUGAUCUAUAUGAAAUUGAAUCAACAGGUCUGUGUGAAAAAGUGAUUGAGCUGGCUGAAGGUGUGCCACUUUUGGAAGGUCAGGAUGAAGAUGUAAAUUGUGUUCCAGCCCUCAACUCUGCUAUACAAAUUUGGGGAUUUGGAGAAUCUUCAACAGGAUCAUCGUUGCAGGAAAAGGCAGCAAACUUUGUCCAAAAUGGAGAGUUGGAUACAAUAGAAAUUGAAGAUAUGGAGCUGCUUAUUGAGUCUCAUAUGGAUAAUAGCAUCUUGAGCAAGAACAGUACUGAUGAAGGAAAAACAUGCAACAUGGAAAACAAAAUGGGCGUUCAAUCAACUGCUCCAAUCGUGGAAAGUUCAACUAAAACAGAUACUGGAAGUAAUGCCACAUCAGUAUCAAAUGGAAGUACCUUGAAAUCCAAACAUGGUGCUUCUCCAACAACAGAAACAAACCUACACGGGAAUAACCUUUUGCCAACUGAAGGACUGAAAGACACAGGAUUGGAUGUUGAGGCAUGCAAAAGGGGCAAUGAAGUUGAAAUAGAUGGCUUGAAAGUAUUGCUGCAUCGGAAGGAGUUGGAAUUGGCUCAAUUGAAAGAACAGAUUGAGAAGGAACAGAGUACCUUGUCCAUUUUGCAAACCAAGGCAGAAACAGAGAUCAGUAAAGCUCAAAAAUCUAUUUCAGCAAAAGAUGCAGAGUUACAAGCUGUUGAGGAAAGCUUAUUGGGUCUAAAAGAGGUUCAGGUUAAGUACUGGGUGAAUGGAGACAAUGUCGAGGUGGCAGGUAGCUUCAAUGGGUGGGAUCAUCGAAUUAAAAUGGAUCUACAUCCUUCAUCUAGUGCCAUAAACUCCCUCGAAUCAAGGAAAUCCAGAUUAUGGUCAACAGUGUUGUGGCUUUAUCCUGGGGUUUAUGAGAUAAAAUUCAUUGUUGAUGGCCAUUGGAUGAUUGAUCCCCAGAGAGAGUUCAUUACCAGAGGUAACAUACAAAACAACAUCCUCAGAGUUGACGGAUGAUAUUCAGAUGGAAGGAUACUUGCAUGAUAUUUGUCUACUCCAGCUGAGGUUAGAAGUAUGGAUGCUCUAUGCUGUCUGAUGUUAAAGAUCAAGCUCAAUUUCUAACAUGCAUGAACACGUCAUCUACUGUCUAGUGUGAACACGGUCACCAACACUGCAGGACCUUGUACAGACUACAGAAAAAUGAAUUUGAGAAUAAACUUGCACUUCCCUGUAUACUCCAGAAAAUGAAUUUGAGAAUAAAUUGACCUUUUUUUUAAUGGGAAAACCAUUUAAUUGGCAUCUUUUAUUCCCCUGCUGUCUCUUCUAUGGCUUCUAUUGCAUUAUUUCCCCUGUUUAGAUACUAGUAUACUGUUUUUUCUUUCUACGGUGCUUAAGAGCGGCUACAUUUGAAGCUCCAUUGCAACCU